CCUGAGCGCGCGAGGGAGACUGGGAAGACCGGAGGAGAGGGGGAGGGGAAAAGACGGUUGAGUUUGGGCGCCAAGGUUGGAGCGGUUGAAAGCGCUAUUCGAUCUUAAGUUUAGUAUGUAGUCUGGAUACAAUGAAAGUGGAAAUCAAGUGCUGGCAUGGAGUCGCCUCUUGGCUCUGGGUUGCCAAUGAUGAGAACUGUGGAAUUUGCCGGAUGGCCUUCAAUGGUUGCUGCCCAGACUGUAAGGUGCCUGGAGAUGACUGCCCUCUGGUGUGGGGCCAGUGUUCACACUGUUUUCAUAUGCAUUGCAUUCUGAAGUGGCUCAACUCCCAGCAAGUUCAGCAGCACUGCCCAAUGUGUCGGCAAGAGUGGAAGUUCAAAGAAUGAUGAUCAUGGCAACAUUUCUUUUUUUUCUGUUCCCCUUUUUGGGUUUUAUGGAUUGCUCACUUGUUGGGGACUGAAUUUCUGCCCAAACUUGUAAAACAUACUUGUACAAUAUUGAAGAUGCCUUCUACCUUCCCAGUGUUAUUGAAAGGAAAACGGAAGGAAGGUAGAAAAAAUGGAACCACUGCUAAUGUAUUGACAGCUAAUGCUUCCCCCCCAUGUGUAAUGGGCACUUUUACCCUUAUGGUUCUAGGCUCUAUAACCUUCUGCAAUAUUGCACCCUCUGUGAUUUCCAAACUUUCACUGUGUAUGACAGUUGGUGGGAAAAUCUAAAAAAGUGUAUAGAUAAAUGCUGUGUUCGUAUUUUUCAAAAUCUAUACAUCCCUAACAAGACCUGAAAUGCCCUAGGCAUGGUUCCUCAGAGGACUGUGCCUCAGUUGCACUAAGAGUUAAGAAUCAUUUAAAAGGUAUAUUCCCAUUCAGUCCCCCAACCAUUUGUGUUCUGGGGGACUGAGGCUAAACCUUCCCCUUCUAUUCCCUAUAUCAUUUGUGAACUGUAUUCCUUGUUAGCUCGGUGCUUCAGAAUGAACCUUCACUCUUGGGGUCUUAUCACUGUGUUCUGAUCAGCCAGCAUACAGCCUGUAGGCAACAGUUCUGAAGCCCAUUUUGUUGAUUUCAGUGGAGUUUGGCCAUUACAUGGUUCAGCACUGCAACCUUUCAGUAUAAAUAUAGUGUUAGAGAAUUAGCAGGGGGAAGGGGUGGAGAGAAGAGCUGCAAGCUUGUGCCUGCAUCUUGUUGCACACUUGGCUAGUAAUACAAUAAUAUGUUUGUUUCACGAAGGCAGUAAUGCCAGAUCUGUCAUAUUGUCAAGCAAUGGCCCACAGUGUAAAUGAGCACAUGGAGAGGUUCCAAUAAAUUAAGUGAUGUGAUUAAUUGUUUGUAUUACCCCCUACCUUUUUCAUCCACACUGGGAUUCUGCAAAAGCUACCGCCAAGAGCAAAAUGUUCAUAACCAUGACCAACAUGUUCUUUUGAUCCGUGAGAUGGAAAGGGGUGACCUGUGAGGAAUGGCCAUUUUUCAAUCAUAUCUGUAAGCUUUCUCCCACCCCCACCCCCUAAAUAGCAAAAGGGUUCCUGCCAUAGUUUUGCUAUGUAGCCACAUAGCCCACAGACCAGCUGUUUUUGAUGCUUCAUCCUGGCUAUUGGGUGCCCAGUCUUCUCUGCCUCCCCCGCCUGCUAUGUGUAAUUGGACACCCUUCACAGCACCCAAAUGAGAGGAUGUUCUUAAUAAAUUGUUAAGAGUCUAACCUUUCUGACACAGAAUGGCAAUGCUAACAGUGUUGGGCCUCCAGAGGGGGAAGUGGUACAGAUGAGCCAAGAAAGGCCUGCGUAUUCUCAAAGCCCUCCUCAGCUUUGAAAUAUGUGCACAGUAUUAACGAAGUUAAAUAAUGCCAUAAUCCUUGACUUCUUGUUUCCCAAACUUAUGAUAGCAGAGGCAUAAAACUGGCAACACUUCACUUUUAUACCUGAAAUAAAUUUACUUUUAGGAUAUGAAGGAGUAAGACUUGCAUACCCUUGGGGUAGCCUACCCUAUGUAUUGGUGCAUGAGUCACUGUUCUGGAUAGGCAUAAUUGGAAGGAGGCAGGUCCAGAGAAGUGACUCAGGCAGCGAUACAAUGACUAAUAUCUCCAACAUGCAACACUGAAGUCAGAACCAAUGCAAAGAUGCUGCAAAAUUAUUCUUCCCCACCAGGGGCUGGAAAGAGGCUAGAAGAGAUGUGAUGGGUGGUUGAGUGGGAUCUGGAUCACAGAAUCCUUUAUUUAUUCUCAUGGCACUCCGGCUUACAGUUUGGGAAUUGCU